GGCCCAACCCAAUUGCCCUUUUCUCAAAACAUAAGAAGCCUUCACUUCUCUGAGCUGCUGACCGACCUAGAAAUCUUCCAAGAACGCGCAGGGGAGAGCAGAAGCAGGGGGGCAACCAAAAAUGAUAAUUCCAGUUCGUUGUUUCACUUGCGGCAAGGUGAUUGGAAACAAAUGGGAUACUUAUCUUGAUCUCCUUCAAGCUGAUUACUCUGAAGGAGAUGCUCUUGAUGCAUUGGGGUUGGUCCGCUAUUGCUGCAGGCGAAUGCUCAUGACACAUGUUGACCUCAUUGAGAAGCUUUUGAACUACAAUACUCUGGAGAGAAGUGAGGGCAGUUGAAGGAGGCUGUGGUCCUGUGUAUUCUGAAACUAGCUGCCAAAGAUGUGUGUGGUUACUAUGGUGGAAGUAUAGACAAUGGGAAAAAAAAUUUGGGAAUGUUCAAAUAUUAAUCAUUGUCGUUUUUCUCCUGUUUGAAAGACCUAUACAUUAUUGUGAUGCUAACAUUGUGAGAAUUGAGAAAUCGUUCAAAUCGUUUUGUGUGUUA